AAUACACUAAUCUAUAGCAAAUGGUACUACUUUAAUGUUUUUUUAGUCAAAAGCAAUCAAUCUCAAAGUUUUUCAAGAUCGCAAUCUGUAUAUAAAAGACAUCGUUUAAACGUAGUGAUGUGAUAUCUCAAACAAUCACUAUACUAAAUGGAGAUGGACUCACAAGAAACUCAACCAAUAAUGAGCUCUUCGCCUCCGGGAAGAAUAUCACUCCGGCCGAUGACUCUUUCCGACGUCGACGACUACAUGGUUUGGGCCACAGACCCUAAAGUGGCACGCUUUUGCACUUGGGAGCCUUGCACGAGCCGGGACGAAGCAAUCAAAUACAUAACCGAUCGUGUCUUGACACACCCUUGGCUCCGAGCCAUCUGCUUAGAAGACGACCGUCCGAUCGGCUACAUCUUGAUCAUGGCGGUUGAUAACAUCAGAAAAGAGAUUGGUUAUGUCCUAGCGAGAAAGUAUUGGGGAAAAGGGUUUGCAACGGAAGCGGUGAGGCUGGUGACGGCGGAGAUAUUCAAGGAAUUUCCGGAGAUUGAGAGGCUUGAGGCACUUGUUGAUGUGGACAAUGUCGGAUCUCAAAGGGUACUUGAAAAAGUUGGGUUUACUAGAGAAGGUGUGAUGAGGAAGUUUCUAUGUAUCAAGGGAAGUGUAAGAGACACUGUUAUGUUUAGUUUCUUGCCUACUGAUACUUUGAAGUAAAUUGAUCAACAAAAAAGAUUAAUUCGCAAUUCUAUAUACAUAUGUUGGAUUUAGUUUCUGAUUCAUAUGGAAUAUAUGAUGUAAACACUCUGUUUUUCAUUUGCCAAAAAAAUUCUAUAAAUUCUGCAUAGUAAAUUA